GGGCCCGGGCCGAGCCUGGGCGACGAAGCCAUCCACUGCCCGCCCUGCUCCGAGGAGAAGCUGGCGCGCUGCCAAGCCCCCGUGGGUUGCGAGGAGCUGGUGCGGGAGCCCGGCUGCGGCUGUUGCGCCACUUGUGCCCUGUCCAAGGGGAUGCUGUGCGGGGUGUACACCCCCCGCUGCGGCACGGGCCUGCGCUGCUACCCGCCCCGGGGGGUGGAGAAGCCCCUGCACACGCUGAUGCACGGGCAAGGCCUGUGCAUGGAGCUGGCGGAGAUCGAGGCCAUCCAGGAGAGCCUGCAGCCCGCCGACAAGGAUGAGGGUGACCACCCCAACAACAGCUUCAGCCCUUGCAGUGCCCAUGACCGCAGGUGCCUGCAGAAGCACUUCGCCAAAAUGAGGGACCGGAACACCAACGGGGGCAAGAUGAAGAUUAUUGGGCAUCCCCGGGAAGACAUCCGGCCUGUGCCCCAGGGCUCCUGCCAGAGCGAGCUGCACCGGGCCCUGGAGCGGCUGGCUGCUUCGCCGAGCCGCACCCACGAGGACCUCUACAACAUCCCCAUCCCCAACUGUGACCGCAAUGGCAACUUUCACCCCAAACAGUGCCACCCGGCCCUGGAUGGGCAGCGCGGCAAGUGCUGGUGUGUGGACCGGAAGACGGGAGUGAAGCUUCCGGGGGGCCUGGAGCUGAAG